AUGGACAACCAGAUCAAGGAGAAGUUAACAAAACAAGAAGUCGGAUUUCGCAAGCCUUUAGGCAUCCCCAGACCUAACGGGAACCUUCGAGCACCCCAGAUAUCGAGAAUUAGAGCCCUCGAUGAUCCAAGCAUCCCUUCUCAAGCAGGAUGUAGCACUCUUGGGGCCGGUGGGUACCGGAAUAAGGUUGUCUUGAAACCAGGACAUAGCGCAUUGGACUGGAGUGAACUGGCCAAUAGUAAGGGUAAGCGAGGUAAUUUAAUUACCGGCCUCGAAAAGUUUAUGGGCAACCGUAAAAUGCAAGAGAUAAAUCACCCAGAACUGAUGAUGCGAUUACGAAGCGGUAUACCUCCUUUUAUGAUUUUUCCACGAUUAAAAGUUGAUAAAGAUGAACUAAUGAAGCAUGUCACUAGGGAAGACUGUUGGACGGUGAUCAAGGGAAACGUUUAUUGCCUGACACCGUAUUUAGACUUUCAUCCAGGCGGCGUAGAGAUAUUAAUGAAAAGCUGUGCUGGGAAGGAUGGGACGGUGAUGUUUAAUAAAUAUCACAGGUGGGUUAAUCAUGAGCGGCUUCUGGAAACAUGUUUAGUGGGCGUUUAUGUGUGA